AUGCAACCGAUCGAUAAACGAUUGAGUGUCUUUACUCCCACCGUCAUUCGGGAAUUGACUCAUAAAAAGUACGACCGUCGUAAAGUAGCUGCUCUUGAAGUCGAAAGUCUGGUGAAAGCUAGCAAAGACCAUCCUGCUCAAGUAUCUCGGAUCAUUGAUGAGUUGGUGCGGGAUUUUGUGUAUUCGCAUAUGCCCAACGCCCAAUGCGGCGGUUUGAUCAGCCUCGCAGCGACAGCCAUUGCCCUGGGAUCUGAUGUGGCGCCCUAUCUAGAUACGGUGGUGCCACCCAUUCUCGAUAGCAUGGGCAGAAAGGAGUCGUCGGUGCGCUACUACGCAUGCGAGUGCAUGUACAACGUUGCCAAGGUUUCCAAAGGCGAAUUGCUCCGCUUUUUUAACAGCGUGUUCGAAGCACAGUGCAAGCUAUCCACCAACAAGGAACCUUCUAUCAAGAAUGGUCGUGACAUUUUGGAUCGAUUGAUCAAGGAGAUCGCUUUUGAAUUGGCAGGCACCUACACCACCACCCAUGGUAUUCCAAGAGGCGUUCCAGUCAAGGCCUUUUCAGUCCAGAAAUUCAUACCUUAUUUACGGCGUCGUAUUUACAGCCAUCAUCCUGCUGAACGGCUUUAUGUCAUGUCAUGGAUUGGUUUAUUGGAUUCAAUUCCCGAGUUUAACCUCGUUUGGUACUUGCCUGAAUACAUGGAUGGUCUUAUUCGCGUACUCGGUGAUCCCAAUCAGCCCGUACGUGCAAACGCUCGGUUAUUAUUGGCACGCUUUUUUCAACAAAUACAAACCAUGGUCCAUCAACAACAAUCGGAUGAAGGUGUAGCCCUUUUACGGCGACAUGGAGGAGAGCAACAACAACAACAAUCAUCAUCAUCAUCAUCACCUCAAUGGGACAAGGAGAAGGAUGCACGCAUGAUUGAAAUUUUGAUUCCACACUUGUCUUCACCCAAAGAAGAUAUCCAACGUACCGCGCUACAAUGGAUCAUUGAAUUUAUUACCAUUGCCAAGGAUGUGGUACUGCAAUUUACACCUCGUAUCAUCAUUGCUGUUUUGCCAUCACUCGAACAUCCGGUGCCUACCAUAAGCGCGUUUGCCAUUGAAACCAAUCGCAAUUUGCAAAAGCUUGUCAUGGAGAACAAACCACCUGAACCUGUCAACAGCAAAAGCGAUCCAUCCUCAUUGGAUCACCAUUUUCCCACCACGCGACAAGAAAAAGAAGAGACCAGUAGCCAUGGCAACACGCUCGUACCCACCUUGCGUCGUACGCAUCGAUCUGACAUUGGGCAUCAAUUGACCAAACGUUCUGAACCUGCGCCAGGAGACAUGUUUGAUUACCAGCUGACGGUCAUCAAUUUACGAUUGCAAUUUCACAGCGACCAUGCAUUAACACGGAUCGAAAGCUUGAGGUGGUUAAUGCUUUUACAUACCAAGGCGAGAGAAAAGAUCUUGAGUACCAUGGAUAGCACAUUUCCAAUGCUUCUCAAGCUGCUUAGUGAUCCGUCUGAAGAGGUUGUAUUGUUGACCCUCGAGUUGAUUGCUCAAGUAGCCGAACAAGGUGGUGACAAGGAGUUUGACAAGCUUACAAAGCAUUUAUUAUCACUUUUUGCUAUUGACGGUGACUUGUUGGAAACGCGAGGUGACUCCAUCAUACGUGAACUCUGUGUGCACCUUGGUCCGGAACAGGUGUUUUGUACCAUGGCAAGGAUACUGGAGCAAGACAAGGAUUUGGACUUUGCAAACAUGAUGGUACAAAAUCUCAACAUCAUCCUCAUCACAUCCGAGGAAUUGGAUGAUAUACGUAAGCAAUUGAGAGAAUUGGAUACCAAGGAAGGACAACAUCUCUUUCUCACGCUUUAUCGAUCAUGGUGCCAUAAUGCUAUUUCGGCAUUCUCGCUUACAUUGAUGGCAGAAGCUUACGACCAUGCUGCCAACAUGCUUCAAUUCUUUGCCGAUAUUGAGAUGACAGUGACGAUGCUUAUACAAUUGGAUCAACUUGUUCAAUUACUCGAAUCGCCCGUAUUUACAUAUCUUCGAUUACAGCUUUUGGAACCCAACAAGUAUCCACAACUCCUCAAAUGCCUUUAUGGUAUAUUCAUGCUCUUACCACAAUCAUCAUCACUCAGCCCGUUACGGAGCCGUCUUAACAGUGCUUCAUCCUUGGGUUUCAUGCAUGCAAUGCCAAAAACUAAUACGACCUUGGCUGCUACUACUACUACUACCAGUCGAUCCAUACCCACCAUGAAUGGUGCUUCUCAUCCUUCCAAAAAGACACCGGCCAUCGAUUUCGCAGACUUAAUGCAACAUCUAAAGACUUUACAAUUCAAGCAUGAAGCGUACAGAAACCAAUGUAAGGAGCAGCGAGAAACAAAUUGA